ACACACACAAAAUGCUCACAGCCUUAAGAUUUCAUGGAGGGCGAGGAGCUGGUUCCAGUGCCAGCUAGAUCGCGGGCGUGAGAGCUCGAUUCUAAUUACGUUUGCUGAUAACCGUGUUACCCCCAAUGAGGGCCGUGGAGAAUCUCCGGCUGCAACAUGGAAAGGCGGCAGUUUUCCAUUGCUCUGCUGACUGCUGACCUGCCCAGCCAGAAUCCGUGUUAAACCCGGCAGCAGUCCCCAACUUCAGGAAACUAACAUGGAAUUAACCAGUUUUAUGUUCACCUCUUUACUUCUAUUUCACCAGCACACUAAGUUUGUAAGGAACUUACCCGGCCUUACCUCACUUGGAGUGAAGCUCGUCCUCCGCCUCUUCUCGUCAAAGCCUGAAAUCUCCACUCCUUCACUGGCUCGCCCACCCACUCACUCACUGGCUGCUUUCCACAGGCCGCUGCACUUGAGGGCAAUGAAUGAUCUUGGAGAGUACAUAACCACUGAUAUAGAAAUAUCCUGGUUGCCAAAUCUGGAUGAUUUAAUGAAGGGAUAUGCUCGUAAUUUUCGACCAGGAAUAGGAGGACCUCCUUUGAACAUAGCAUUGGCAAUAGAAGUUGCCAGUAUUGACCAUAUAUCAGAAGCUAAUAUGGAGUACACAAUGACAGUUUUCUUGCGUCAGAUUUGGAAAGAUGAACGUCUCUCAUACAAUCACACAAACAAGACUCUUGGACUGGACAGUCGUUUUGUGGAUAAGCUGUGGUUACCAGACACGUACAUUGUGAACGCAAAGUCAGCUUGGUUUCAUGAUGUUACCGUUGAAAACAAACUCAUCAGGCUUCAACCAGACGGAGUCAUCCUCUACAGUAUCAGAAUUACUUCCACAGUUGCUUGUGACAUGGAUCUCACCAAGUACCCAAUGGAUGAGCAAGAAUGCAUGCUGGAUCUUGAGAGCUAUGGCUAUUCAGCAGAAGAUAUUGUCUAUCGAUGGUCAGACAAUCAGGAUCAGAUACAUGGACUGGACCAAAUCCAGCUGGCUCAGUUUACAAUAACCAACUACUAUUUUGUUACUGAAAUGAUGAAUUUCAAAUCAGCAGGUCAAUUUCCACGGCUAAGUCUUCGUUUCUGUUUGAGGAGGAACAGAGGUGUCUACAUCAUUCAGUCAUACAUGCCUUCAAUCCUAUUGGUGGCAAUGUCCUGGGUAUCAUUCUGGAUCAGUCAGUCAGCUGUGCCUGCCAGAGUGUCAUUAGGUAUCACCACGGUGCUGACCAUGACAACCCUAAUGAUCAGCGCGAGGAAGUCCCUGCCUAGGGCAUCUGCCAUUAAAGCACUAGAUGUAUACUUCUGGAUCUGCUAUGUCUUCGUCUUUGCUGCUCUGGUUGAGUUUGCGUUUGCUCAUUUCAAUGCAGACUACAUGAGAAAGCAACGCGCCAAAAUUAAGAAGAGUAAACCAUGUGGGCAGGAAAUUAAGAGAACCGGAAAGCACGCAAUUGUCUUGUUCUCCUUGUCGGCUGCUGGGGUGAAUCAGGAGCUGCUCAUGUCCAACAGACUGCACAGAGCCAACAGACUACUCCACAGAGAUGAAUUCGAGAAUGGGAAAGCACGGGCAGAUAGACAGAACACAGCUCUUCACAAGAAGCUGACGCUGAAGUCCAUAUUCAGACCUAUUGAUUCUGACACAAUUGAUAUUUACGCAAGGGCUGUCUUCCCAGCUGCCUUUGCUGCCGUAAAUGUCAUUUACUGGGUGGCGUACACUAUGUAAAAAUCCAAGAUUGCAAAGGAGAAUGAAAUAUUUGUUACUCCAGAUCCAAUGCAGCACAAAAAAACACAACAAGAUAAAGAACGAUAAUAAUAAAAAUGCAAUAAACAUAAAUACAUAAGAUAGCUUAUAUACAUAGAUUGAUUGUAUGACCAUAAAGUAACGCUGGGCACAGAAAUGUCUAUACAUAAAGAGACUCUGACAUGAAAUAAUAAAGUAGUGAUGGGGUGUGGAAGGGUGGUUUAGUGGGUGGAGGUGUUGAUCAGCCUUAUUGCUUGGGGAAAUUAAUUUGAAUAUGGAAGUGCUGGCAUGGAAGUCCUUGAUGGAAGUGGGACAAACAGUCCAUGGACAAUGUCGGCGCAAUCUUUCAUGAUGUUACUGGCCCUCUUCCAGCAUGUUUCUGUAUGUAUGACUUUGAUGGUGGACAGGCUGAUGCUGGUGAUGUGCAGGACAGUUUUGAUGACCUGUUGUAGAGCCUGUUACAAUGAAGAAACGGGAGUUAUGUUAAUAUCGGACAGGAAAAGUGAACAGGUAAUGCAAAACCUCCAAAGAGACAGUGCUCCAGUUUCUAGAGUGACUCUCUCAGCCCACUAGCUUUAAAAUCACUCCCUAAUUUACUGAAUUGGAUGAAAAUAGGGUAUCAGGUCAGAAACAACCAAAUGAAUUAUACCUUGACACAUCUUAUAUACGUAGACGAUUUUAAAUUAUACACUCAUCAAUAAAACUAAAGCAAUUAAUUCAAAUAGUCCAAACAUUUUCAAAAGGUAUAAGCAUGACCUUUGGACUAAAUAAGAGCAGAACAUUAAAUGUAAAGAAAGGUGCAAUUGAGCUCGUAGAAUAUAAAACAAGGCAGCAUGAUAUAAUGCAACUGAUGGAUGAUGUGAAACAUUUAAGUAUUUAGGGUAUAAACAAGCAAAGAAAUAAGAACAUAGUGAGAUAAAUGGAAAACAUUUUCGUAAUUUACUUAAGAAUAUCUACCAAACAGAGCUCAAGAGUGAAAUAUAAUAAAUGCAACAAACACUUUUGCUAUAUCUAUAUUAACGUAUUCUUUUGGCAUAAUAUCUUGAUCUGAAACUGAUCUGGAAAAUUUACAAAGACUAAGAACUGAAAUAACAAUUUUUGGAAAACACUAUGUACACUCAAAUGCACUUAGAUUAACGCUUCCAAGAAAGGAGGAGGAUGACAUUAAAAAUUUACACAUCAGUCGGAUAAAAUUUCUAUGGAUAUAUUUUCAUCAACGAAAACAGGAUUCAACAGGAUUGUGAGCAUAUGCAAUUCUGAUAAGAAGUACAUACUACUAAACUUAAAUGAAAACACAACCCAGAAAAAUCAAGAAAUUAUCACUUGAGAAGAAAAAGUUAACCACUGGAAGAGCAUGAACCUCCAUAGAAAAUAUCCCAAGAUCUGAACAGACUAGAUGUUGACAAGUAAGUGUUGAAUACCUGACUUGGAGUUCGAGACCUCUGCCCAAAAACAGAAGGGUUCCUCUUGAAAAUACAAGAACAAGUGGGUGACACAAAAAGUGACCAAAAAUGUACAAUAAAAGACCAACAAAUUCAAGACAAUAAAUGCAGAAAAUGCCAAGAGAAACCAGAAACAAUCUGACACAUUAAAGGAUCCUGCAACAGCUUAACUCAAACAGAGUACUUACACAGGCACAAUCAAAUGGCAAACAUUAUUCACCAAAAUCUUGCUUUAAAAUACAAACUCAUAAAGGACACGAUAGCUUACUAUAAAUACAAGCCUGGUCUAGUUUUAGAGACAGAGUCCUACAAAUUAUGUUAUGACUGAUCCAUUAUUAUAGAUAGGACAAUCCAUAAUAACUGUCCAGAUAUAAUAUUACAGGAUAAACAAGCAAGAGCAACUUACUUAAUAGAUAUAGCCAUUCCAAACACAAAAAACAUACAGAAAUCAGUAAGUGAAAAACACCAGAAAUAUCUGAAUUGAAAGAGGAAAUUGAAAGACUUUGGAACAUGAACAGGAUAUACAUUGACCCAAUAGUCAUAGCUACAACUGGUAUCAUCCCAAAGUCACUACACAAUAGCAUUAAGCAAUUAGGCCCGCACAGCAAAUAUUUAUGUAAAUCUUCAGAAAGCCACAAUACUAAACAACACUAGAAUAGCCUGGAAGUUCUUAGCAAUUGAAAAAUGAUUGUGCUUGGCUAUGCCUGUCCCUCAGGUUUUACCAGCUUGAGCUGAGAAAAAAACUAAAAAUAGCAACUUAUUUAUAGAGAACUUUUCAUAAAGAAAAUGUAGUUCAAAGUGCUUUACAAUGGGAUGAAGUGCAAAUAUGAAAAUAAAAUCAAAGGAUAAAAAUAAACGUGAAAAUAAAAAACAAAAACAUUUUAGUUAAAAGCAAGGUUAAAUAAAUAGAAUUUGAGCUGACGUUUAAGUGGCUUAAACAGAGCUCACAAAGGUGUUAUGGUCUUUUUAAACAUUUUUUUCAUGAUCUUAAGACCCUACUGAACAUUAAGAACUUAAAGCAUUGCAGAUCCAUCCCAUCAUCGAGUUGCUCAUUUUCAGAGAAAUUGAAGGAAUUGGACUUAGUGCGUACUGUGUUGCUGCCUGCUACAGAGAGGUAUUGGAGUCAGUGCACAAAGGCAGUGUGCAGUCUAACAGAGAGUGAUUGUAUUAGUCUUUUUUCUUGUGAUUACAAGACCCUGUUACACAUUGGUAAGAUGAAAUGCUGCAAGUCCAGUUCACUAGUUUAUUAGCAGACCAAUGGUAGAGGAGCAGCAUGGCUUCAGUCAUAGUGAGAACUAGACCUCAAGCCAUGGUGUCACCUGUUUACAGCCAUCCAGGAGAGAGGUGUUGGAGUCGGUGCUAGAGGCAGUUUGGCACAAUGUCCAUGAUGGUGCUGCUGGCCUUCAGUGUUCAUUCGGAGGAAGAAAAACUGCAUUGUGUCCAACUGCAGACUGCUGAAACGUUCAUGGACUCAGGAACUUGGAAUAUAAUUGUUUUUUUUGUGUGACUGUAUUUUACUGCUAUCUACUAUGUGCUGUAUGUGCUGUGCUGUGUGUGACUAUUGAUACUAUGUUUUGUACCUUGGCUCUGGAGUAAUGCUGUUUUAUUGCGCUGUAUUCAUGGGUAUUCAUUUAUGAUUGAAUGAAAAAUUAAACUUGAAUUAUACAA